UCAGCCCUCACUCUCAUUUCCUCCUCCUAGCUAAGAUUCAUACUUUUCUUCAAUCUAGAGGUUUGUUUUGAUUUGGGUACUUUUGUUGCUUCAACUGAUUUUACUUUAGUUUGGUCUUCAUUCAGCAACAAGUGAUGUUCUCCUCUCUGUCUCGGCUGGUCCCUCGCCAUGGCGGCGAUCUCACUGCUCUAAGGUCCUUCUCCUCCUCCAUCUUUAACUUCUCACCCUCACCCCCACCCCCACCAGGUUUGUCAGAGAGUUUUCAGCAGGGUGCUAAUGCUUCUGAGAAUGUUCGGACCAGAAGGGAGUUUGAUAAUGACUCAGGGUUUCCCAGAAGGAAUUCCAGGUCGAUGAACUUUGUGAGGGAAAUUAUAGACCAAGAUGAGAGUCAAAACAGAGGCAAUAUUCAGUUUCAGGUCCCUACCAGACAUAUUGAGCAGAAUGCUGAUGUAGUCCACAUCAAGAUUUUGCGUAAUAAUACUUUUGUUACUGUCACGGAUUCAAAGGGGAACAAGAAACUUGGGGCUUCAGCUGGAUCUGUACCAGAAAUGAAAGGAGGAGCAAAAUUGUCUCGGUAUGCUGCCGAAGCAACUGCCGAAUAUGUUGGACGGAUGUCUAGAAAUUUUGGGUUGAAAUCAGUUGUGAUGAGAGUAAAAGGGUUUUGUUUUUUCAAGAAGAAGAAGACAGCUAUCUUGAGCUGGAAUAAUGGCUACACUAACUCCAGAGUGGGUCAGAAUCCGAUUGCAUACAUUGAAGAUAUCACCCGAAAGCCCCAUAAUGGAUGCCGGCUCCGAAAGCAGCGUCGUACCUAGAUACAGUAUGCUCUCCGUUGACCAAGUGUUACAUGUGCGUGGCUAAAAGCAUCUGGUUAAAAUUACUGAGGUGAGUAAAAACUCGGUGGUGGCAACUACCAAAUAAACUUUUUCUAGAAAACAUUUGGCAUUGUUUUCUUAAAUUGUUCUUUUUUAUUUCACUUCAAUCCAUAUCUGAUUUUGUAGUCUAUUUGAAGAUCACUUUAGUCGGUUUCGGAUAUGGAUUUUAUGAUUAUUAUUAUUAUGUAGCUGAUUGGAAACUUCUGUGGCCGUAUUGGUGAUACAAAGUUUAUCUGUUCCUAU